AUGGAGAGCCUGAACAUUUUACUCCGUGACAGUCUAUUCGGUCGGUUGCUGAACUAUGCAUUGAAGGGCCAGUUUUUCUCUUACAAUGGACCUGAAAGUCUCAAAGAUGAAGGCCUUUCAAGCCCUGACCCCCAGCAGCGGAUCAUAGUAGGCUUCGUUGGCCCUGACGAUCCAGACAUCCCUCGAAACUGGCCCACGCCGGCAAGGACAGUUGCUGGGCUCAACGUAAUGCUCUUGAACUUCAGCUUCUAUGCAGCAUCGGCAAUCUUUACGCCGAGUAUCUCGGGUAUCGAAGAAGCGUUCGGGGCUACCACUGCUGCGGGCACACUGGGGCUUUCGCUCUUUGUUAUUGCGUAUGGAAUAGGGCCUUUAAUUCUUUCCCCUCUGUCGAGCCUGCCGACACUCGGGCGUUCGCCGGUAUAUGUCCUUGGCUGCCUUGCUUUCUGCUUACUCAACAUCGGAACGGCUCUGGCAAAUAAUCUACAAACCGUUUUAAUACUGCGCUUUUUGGGGGGCUUCAUCGGAAGCACACCUAUCAGCGUCGGCGGCGCCUCGCUGAUGGAAAUCUGUACACCAACUGAGGCUCCCUACGCUAUUGCAUUCUACGCAGUUAGCGGAGUUUGUGGGCCUAUUCUAGGACCGAUUCUUGGAACCCUUGUAAUAAAGCGUUGGAAAUCCUGGACAGCGACGCUCUGGCUCCUUUCCGGCAUCACGGCUUUCACGACCGUAUCUGUUUUCUUCUUUCUACCUGAGACGUCAUCCUCGAAUAUCCUUCUUCGCCGAGCAAAUUGCCUUCGUGCGCAGACGGGCAAUCCUGCCUACCAGAGUGAAGCUGAGAUCGAAUCAUCAAGCGAAAGUCUCGCUGUACGAAUUGUCAAGGACAUGGGCAACGAUCUCAAACUUGCUUGUCUGGACCCAGUCAUUCUAUUUGUCAACAUGCACACAAUGCUAGUUUACGGUGUCCUAUACCUAUGGUUCGAGUUCUUCCCGUUCGUCUUUGACGGCAUUUAUCAUUUCACCGCUAUCCAGCAAGGCCUUGCCUUUUUCGGUAUCCUCGUUGGAGCAGCGGUUUCGGUCGUUGCAUACGUUCUGUGGUUAUACUUUUCCUACCAGCCACGGGUGGCAAAUGCAAAUGUCGUUGUCGAGCCAGAGGUUCGCCUGGUCCCUGGACAAAUAGGAGCUAUUUGCAUUCCGAUUUGCCUUUUCAUCUUUGCAUGGACAUCACGAGCAAGCGUACACUGGAUCGUCCCAGUAAUCGGAACAGCAUUCUUUGCACCGGGCUUCUACCUCACCUUUCAAUCCAUUCUCAAUUACCUAGGCGAAUCCUAUCCGCGCUAUGUGGCAAGCGUAUUUGCCGGUAACACCUUCUUUCGAAGCUCGUUCGGAGGAGCACUGCCGCUGGCUGCACCACGCAUGUUAAAUUCACUUGGAAUUGGAUGGGCCUCGAGCAUGCUGGGGUUCAUCGCUGUUGCCAUGGUGCCCUUACCUUUUAUAUUGCAACGAGUUCAACUGCCCAUUGCUGCAUACCACUCCAACGUGUGGAAAACUAAAAAGUUGGCACGGCCUUUCUGGAAGAUGAUUUCGGUGGCAGAUGCCUCUCCCUUCGAGACUCUGACGCCAUCCGCGCUCAUUGGUCUCCGCUAG